GGCUCGUGCAGUGCUGAUUGAAAAUCUAUCUCAAUGAUGAAGGUUGAGACACCGUCUAGCUGGCAUUGUAUGAGUUGUUCUGCGGCAAGGACGCUGCUGAACCGGCCCUGGGCUUCAGUGUCUCAUCAAGCGCUGGUUGGUCCUUUGAAAAGCACGCACUGAAGGACCUUAUACGCCAUUGGCAUUGCAUAUCACACACCACCGGCAGAGCGGGCUGGGACGUCAGUCCUCUUGCAGCAGAAAACGCAGCUUUCCUCGUCUUUCCUUCCCGCAUCUGGAAAUAUUGUGCAGUGGCGCAGCUGUGCGCAAUGGCGGCUUUCCGUAACAAUGUGGUGUUUAUGCUGCUGGCAUUGCUCGCACUGCAGUCUGGGACGCAGCCUGCGCAGGGGCAACCUUCCGGUGUGACAAAGUCAUGCCCUCCCGGAUAUCUGGUGCAGAGCAAUCGUGGGGGACCCGGGUCCUUCUGUACUCCUGAUCCUUGUGUUGGGAACCCUUGUGGUCCUGGUAACACAUGCAGUAUCCAGGGGUCAUUUAAUGGACCAGUUCCUGAUUGUGGUUGCAACCCUCCGUACAAGAGCGGCGUUAUUCCAGGUCAAUUCAACUACAGAGUCUGCUACAUCCCUGGCCAAGACGCUUGCAAUCCCAACCCGUGCCAGAACGGGGGCACAUGCAUCUACAGGCAGGGCCCUCUGGGUGAACCCCUGACAGACGACCAAGGAACUAGAUACGCUGCCCGAUGCGAUUGCGGCCCCACUGGGUUUACGGGACCGACCUGCAGCGACCCGUUCCGGGAAAGCCCCCCUGUGAUUGCUACUGUAAACGGCGUGUCGGGCCCACUUGCGAGGGCAUUGCUGGAAUUCAUCUGCGGCUCGAAUAGCCUCCCGCCGAUUCCCUGCCUUUACGCGAGCGGGAAGCAGUUCAUCUGCUGUGCCGGAUCCGAGUGCGGUCCCAUUGGCCCAGACGGAAACACCCCCAUCUGCCCCGGCGAGGGGUUCACCCCGUCCCCCAAUAACUACCCGGCGCCAACUUCGCCGACUCCUCAGCCCCCUCCACCGGGCAGUCAGGGAGUCUGCGGAACCGGGGACGCCUCGCCGUUUCCCAACCGCUGCUAUUUCAACAACGACCCCCAGGGACGGUACGUGUGCUGCGACAACCAGGGCUGCGACGGUUUCAACGCCGAUAAUCUGACGCCGCACUGUAAGAACAACGGCUACGUGCCGCCAAACAACGGGCUCAGCGGGCCGACUCCCCCGAGCACCCCCCCGAGCACUCCUCCGACCGGAGACCAGGGCGUCUGCGGAAGCGGCGCAGCCGGCGCUUUCCCCACGCGCUGCUAUUUCAACAACGACCCUCAGGGCCGCUACGUGUGCUGCGACGGGCAGGGCUGCGACGGCUUCAACGCCGACAACCUGACGCCGCACUGCAAAAACUUCGGCUACGUGCCGCCCAACAACGGACUUAGCGGGCCGCCCCCCCCGAGCACUCCCCCGAGCGGUCCCCCGAGCGGCUCUCAAGGCGUCUGCGGCACGGGUGGUGCCACCGACUUCCCGGUGCGCUGCUGGUUCAACAGCGACCCCCAGGGGCGUUACGUGUGCUGCGACAACGACGGAUGCAACGGGUUCAACCCACCUGACUUCUCGUUCCCUCGCUGCAAGACCAACGGAUAUGUGCCCCCUGGGUUCGGUGUCUAGUAACUGAGAGUCUAUUUCGUAGACCAGAUUCUUAGAAGUAUGUCGCCCUUAGAACCGCGUGCAGAUCAGAGAAUAUCGGCUAUUUAUUGCAAUGGCCUUAAUUCUGGCAAGCGUUUUUGGCAUCCUGGUCCAAGUUAAGCAGGCUUCGAACUUCGUGGUCCUCAGGUACUAGGUUGAGGUGUUCAAGCAAAAGAACGAAAGCUACCGUAAAUACACUGACCGAAUCGUAGAACAGUAAGAGUCAUUGCUUGGCAUCACGAAACCGGUAGACAAAGUCGGGCAGCUCACAAUCCUUUUGAUCAAGACACGCAGAUAUGCAUGGACUCUCUCUGAAAGGAGGUGAGAGAGACCAAGUUUUGUAGUUCCAAGUGUCCCCGCAGCCUUUAGGUAGAACAGGGUCGAUCAGCCCAAAGGUUGGCCAUGACCCACUAACACGCGUGCAUACUCGAGGUAACAUUUGGUAGCUAGCCUGGCAAGGCGACCUUUAGUGAAGUUUCUUCAAAUUACAAGUCGUCGGCCAUCGCAAAGCCGUUUUGUCAAUGUUGCAUACUUCCUACGACCUCCAAAAGUUGCCUGCGCAGCUCGGGCUUUCAUGCAACUUGCAAAAGCCGUGACUGGAUA